AUGGAAAGCCCAGCAGUUCCUCGAGGGUACAAGAACACGGCCAGCGAGGCGGACAUAAAUUACGUCGUGAAGAUAUCGCGAACGCUGCUGACGCCGAUCGGGAUCUACCCGCUGCACGGAUCAGAGACAGCGAUCAGUGACUUUCUCGUGGCAAUUCAGAUAAUUUUCGUCUUCUCCCUGAUGCUGUUCCUCCUGGUCCCCCACCUGAUCUUCACUUACUGGGACGCCGAGGACCUGACCAAGCUGAUGAAGAUCAUCGCCGCUCAGGUCUUCAACUCCCUCGCCCUCAUCAAGUUCUGGACGAUGAUCAUCAACAAGAAGCCGUUGAGGUGGUGCCUGGAGGAGCUGCAGGACAGCUGGAGGAGCGUCAGCUGCGAGGAGGACAAGGAAGUCAUGAUCAAGAACGCCAAAACCGGGAGAUUUCUCACGGUGGCCUAUCUCAGUCUGUCCUACGGCGGCGCCUUGCCUUAUCACAUUGUCAUGCCCCUCGUGGCUGAACGAAUUGUCAAACCUGACAACACCACCCAGAUACCCCUGCCAUACCCCUGCGACUACGUUUUCUUCGUUCCUGAAGACUCGCCGGGAUACGAGAUGCUGUUUGUCACGCAGAUCAUCAUCAGCAGCUUGAUUUUGUCGACAAAUUGCGGAAUUUAUAGCUUGAUUGCGACGUACAUCGUGCACGCCUGCUGUCUCUUCGAAAUCGUGGCGAGACAUCUGGAUCAAGUGGGAACGGGCGAGGGGGAGAUGGCGGAAAGACUCACUGCGGUUAUUCAGAGACACAUCUUUGCUAUGAAAUAUGCGUUGACUCUGGAAAAGUCUCUCAACAUUGUUUUCCUCUCCGAAAUGCUGGGCUGCACUGUCAUCAUCUGUUUCCUUGAAUACGGCAUACUCUUGGAUUUCGCGGAGGGAAACUAUCUGGGGAUGGUGACGUACGUCGUGCUGAUGACGUCCAUUUUAGUUAAUGUCUUUAUCCUCUCGUACAUCGGUGACCGUUUAAAGGAACAGAGCUCAAAAAUUUGUGAGCACACGUAUGACCUUGAGUGGCACUCACUGCCGAAAAAUAUAGUGAACGAUUUGAUGUUCAUAAUGGUGAGAUCGAACCAGCCGGUGACAUUGACAGCUGGAAAACUGUUUGACGUUUCUCUGGCGGGAUUCGCCGAUGUUGUUAAAACAUCAGCCGCAUAUUUGAACUUCCUGAGAGAAGUAGUCUAGUCUCCAUCCUCCGGCGCUGUAG